CGGUAAAUUACAGAUCUAAAAAAACAAAUGUUGAUACUAUUAAUUUUUAAAAUUACAAGACACUCAAAGGAAGUCAUAGUGCGCAUGUCUGAAAGUAGCGUUCUCGGCAACAGAAAUUACAGAAUGAUUCCUUCGAGGUGCGGUCCCAGCCGUUAACUCUCAGUGAGAUUUGAUUCAACGUCAAUGUCAAUAGACUAAAUAUCACACAUCCUAGUUGUAUACCCAAAACAAAAUCUAUAAACAGGCAUAGCCAUGUUUCGAAAAGAUAAGCCAAUUACUUUGAAAGGAUCCACUUCUUUUCUUUGCAACAAUUUAUCCGUGUAUGUAAUGCCUGAGAAAAAGCAACUGAAUUAUGCAGUCGUUCAUAAGUCUGUUGUCAAUAUUGCAUGUGCUACUACUGAUGGAACCUCUGUAACUGGGCGUCAGGUUGCCUGCAAAGAGCCAUCUGCAGCCCAAGGACUCCCUUUUGUGAUGCAGUCAAAAUGGGUGAUUUUGCCUUCAAGAACUGUUUUGGUACUGACCACUCACAGAGGAAUUCAGAUCUAUGAGCCUGAUGGAUCCGCCAUGAUUUACUGGCAUGCUUUAAGUGAUUCUAUGGAUAAAAGUAAUUACGGCAAAGGAAUUUGUGGUGCUGGUGACAAUCUAAUUUGUGUAGGUACAGAAUCUGGUGCUAUUCUAGUUUUUGAGAUACCUCCCAAGGGAACAAAUGUCACGCUUUUUGACACUGUCAAAGGACACAAAUCUCCUAUAACAGACUUGGCUGCAGAAGGCGAGUUCAUGGUCAGUGCUGAUGACCUGGGCACAAUCAUGGUGUGGCGCUGCUCUGGGUCAAAGUUUUCUCAAGUGUCAUGUGUCAGGGGGUGUGGAUGGCCAUGCAACAGUGUUGCAGUGUGGAAAGACGUUGUUGUGGGCGGGUUUUCCUCGGGUCACAUUCGAGUGUACAAUGCUGCAUCUGGAACCCUGGGAGCUGAAGUCACAGCCCAUGCCAGAUCAAUCAAUGCAGUACAUGUUGCAUGUGAAAGUGGAAUGCUUUUGACUGUGAGUGAUGACACAUUUUUAAAAAUAUGGCAGCUCAAGACAGGGGCUGCGCCACAGAUUGAACAUCGAUACAGUGAGUGUGUGACUGACUUGCAACUUGUCGGAGGCAAUUUUGUCGACAAACAAGGAAGAGCUGUGUGUAUUACUGGCUAUGACAGCAAUGAAAUUCAAUUUUUCAUUAAAGGCUGACAAAGAUGUUCUGUUUUCCUUACAGCAGAGAAUAUUUUGCUUCAGUGAAAGACCCACAGAACAGCUACAGAGAAUGUGAUCAAGUGCGAACUAGGCAUGAUGUGAUAAAAUAUUUAAGGAAUGUUUGUUCUAGCUCUUGAGUGUUACUAGAGUGAGUAUUAUUCAUUUAUUGUGAUUCACACAACUGUGUUCUUUUGAAGGAAUAUUUUUUUCUGUAUUGGAGUAGUUUGUACUUAUUAUGUUUCCAAAUUCUGUUCUAUUUAGAGAGCUUCAUAAUUUCAAUACCACAGGCAAUAUCUUACUUGGAAUCUUAUUUAAAAAAUAAGUAUGUAGGCCUGUACAUUUUUAAAGUUCAUUGUGAAUGAAUAUUUGACUAUAAGUUUCUCUAGUACUUGUUAAUGAAAAGUCUGUCCUCAGUUACAGCGUACACCCUGAAAUUUAGGGUGAGCUGGAUUUGUCCUGACUAUAAAGCUUCUCAUAAAGACCUGUUUUGUUCUGGACCUUUGUAUCUGAAUGAUUGGCCCAGCUGCUCUUACUGUUGGUAUCUUGUUGUCUUCAUGAGAGCAGAAAAAAACUAUUACUAGUAUUUGUGUGAGACAUGUAGGUUGUUGGUCAGGGUUGUAAUUAUAUUGGUGACUGUGAAAACAAAAAGUUGUUAUGAAGGGAGUGUGCUCUUUUGUCCUAUGUAUAACUUGAUCACAUUUGAUUUUCAUGUAAUGUUGUUUUUUCGGACAAGAUUUUUCAAUCUGUGAAACAAAUUACAAGGACUCAAUAAGUAAACAUGUGUAUACUUCGAGA